UUAUCCAAUAUCCCCGCUCACAUUCUGUUAAGAAAUUAUCAUCAGAUCAUCUUUUUUUUCCCAACUUUUGCUCUCACCUUUUGUCACUCUUUGAAAAUGUCUUGCUGUGGUGGUAACUGUGGUUGUGGAUCUAGCUGCGGUUGCGGCAGCAGCUGUGGAGGGUGCAAGAUGUUCCCUGACUUUGUGGAGAACGCCUCCAACCCCACCGUCCUCGUCUCUGGUGUUGCUCCCAAGAUCUCGUUCGCUGAAGGAGCAGAGAUGGGAGUGGCUGCUGAGAAUGGCUGCAAGUGCGGUGCUAACUGCCAGUGCGACCCUUGCACCUGCAAAUGAAGACCUUCUUCUUAUUAAAGAUGCAGAGCUGUUAUUAGUAACGGCACUAGCAUAUUAAUUAAGUUAUAUUAAUAUAUCUAAUGGGUUAUUGUGUUGUAAUACUUAUUGUUGGACUUCUUAUGUGGUUUGUAAACCAAGUUCCUAAUUAGCGUUCGUUUAAGUAGAAUAAUCACCCCAUAUAUGAUGUGAUAUCGUAUGUGAUAUGUUUCCUUCAUCCGUUUGGACUAAUGAUACUACUUUGUGUGUGUUUUAGAACACUUUUGUGA